AUGUCGAACUUUCAAAUGUCCUUAGCCUACAUGUUAACCCACUCUUUUACUCUAUAUCCAGAUCGAUACAAAUGCCCAGAAAAUAUGAUGAUCGUUCGAACCGAGAGACCAAUUUUGGGAGCAUAUUUUCUAAUUUCCGGACUUAUUUUAAUACUUUUCUACACACCUUGCUUCAUCGUAAUGGUUCGUUCCAAAUGUCAAGUCCCUGCAUUUCAAGUCAUGUUAAUCCUCUCCGUCUUUGAUAUUUUAUCCCUUUCGGUAAACUCAGUGAUAACUGGUGUUCUUGAUUUGAUGGGUGCCUCGUUUUGUCAUUAUCCCUUAUUCAUAUUCUGUGCUGGAGCAAUUGGAAAAGGCUCUUGGAUGGGUGGGUGCGUUGCUUGCAUUUUGCUAGCAGUUGAUCGAUGUGUGGAAGUAAAUUCAAAGUUUCGGCUGGGAUUUUUGUUUCGAAAAAAAGUUUUUCGAGUCGUGUUCUGCUUGAUGGUCUUGUACUGGAUUUACUCGUGGGCUUUUACAAAACCGUUAUUGUUUACGUCUGAAUAUAGUUCCUGGUUUUUCGAUCCAAAAAUAGGGAAGGAGGCAUACUUUUACCACAGCAUUGAUCAUACAAUAAAUAACCUAGUUGUUUCAAUGGCAACAACAUCUCUUUACAUUUAUUUGUGUUACCAUUUGAUCUACAAAAUUGGGUAUUCUUCGUCAAUGCUGUUGUACAGGUCAAAGCAACAGAUAAUCAUGCAAGCCGUCAUUCUUUGUACAUUCCAUGCAAUUGCUGCGUACAUUUACGUUUACAUGCAAUUUUUCCAUUCCCCUCCUUGGCUAAUAAUUAUCGGUCAACUUGCCUGGCAAUGGAGUAAUGGAUGCUUUUGUGUAUCAUAUCUGACAUUAAACCAAGCAAUUCGAAAUGCAGUUGUACGAAUGAUAGUACCAAAAAGUAUUCGGGAACGACUGGAUCUUCAUAUUGGAAUCGAUGAGCAUCUGAUGAAUCCACGACAGCAAGAAAGAGGUACAAUUGCGAUAAACACUGUUUCGACAUUAGUUAAAGUAGAUACUAUCAUGUAA